CACUCCAUCACAAUGGCUCCUACUACGGUGGAGCGCGUUGAGUCGCCUGUCACCGUCAGGGCCUACCUGAUGUGUGCAUUCGCUGCCUUUGCCGGUAUCCUCUUCGGUUACGAUUCUGGUUACAUCAACGGUGUCAUGGGCACUGAGGUCUUCAAGCAGGAGUUUGGAAAGUACACUGGUGUCACUGAUGCCAACACCCGUGGCUACAGCAUCGCCCCCGGCACUCAAUCACUCAUCAUCUCCAUUCUCUCUGCCGGUACCUUCUUCGGUGCCCUCUUCUCUGGUGCCCUUGCCGACUGGAUUGGUCGCAGAACCACCAUCAUCCUCGGAUGCGGUGUCUUCUCCGUCGGUGUCAUCCUCCAGGUCGCUUCUACCUCAGUCCCUCUCAUCGUCGUCGGUCGUCUGAUCGCUGGUGUUGGUGUCGGUUUCGUCUCUGCCAUCAACAUUCUGUACAUGUCCGAGGUCGCUCCCCGCAAGGUCCGCGGUGCCAUCGUCUCAUGCUACCAGUUCGCCAUCACCAUCGGUCUCAUGCUUGCCUCGAUCGUCACCUACGCUUGCCGCAACUACUCCAACACCGGUGCCUACCGCAUUCCUAUCGCCAUUCAGUUCGCCUGGGCCAUCAUCCUCUCCGUCGGUCUCUUCUUGCUCCCCGAGUCUCCUCGUUACUACGUCAAGAAGCAGCAGCUCGACAGAGCCGCCAAGGCUCUCGGCCGUGUUCGUGGCCAGCCUUCCGACAGCGCCUACAUUGUUGAUGAGCUCGCCGAGAUCCAGGCCAACUUCGAGUACGAAAUGUCUGUUGGUACUGUCAGCUGGCUCGGUAUGUUCUCUGGUGGCAUCACCAACCGCAACUCCAACAUCCGCAAGGUCUUCAUCGGUGUCCUUCUCCAGAUGAUGCAGCAGUGGACCGGUGUCAACUUCAUCUUCUACUUCUCGACCUCUUUCUUCACCUCCAUCGGUAUCCAGAACGCCUUCCUGAUCUCCAUGAUCACCACCAUCGUCAACGUCUGCUCAACUCCCCUGUCCUUCUGGACCAUUGAGCGCUUCGGUCGUCGCCCCCUCCUGAUCUACGGUGCCAUCGGCAUGUGCAUCUGCGAGUGGAUCGUCGGUAUCACUGGUACCGCUGAUGCCGGUUCCCGUGCAUCCCAGAUUGUCCUGAUUCUCUUCACCUGUAUCUACAUCUUCUUCUUCGCUUCUACCUGGGGUCCUACAGCUUGGGUUUCGAUCGGAGAGAUCUUCCCUCUGCCCAUCCGUUCCAAGGGUGUCGCCAUGUCUACUGCCUCUAACUGGUUCUGGAACUGCAUCAUUGCCGUUAUCACUCCUUACCUUGUUGGUGAAGAGGAGGCCAACCUCGGACCUAAGGUCUUCUUCCUCUGGGGUUCCACCUGCGCCGUUUGCAUCGUUUUCGCCUACUUCUUCGUCCCCGAGACCAAGGGUCUGUCUCUCGAGCAGGUCGACAAGAUGAUGGAGGAGGUCUCUGCUCGCAAGUCUGCUGGCUGGGUUCCCCAUGACACCUUCGCCCAGGAGAUGGGCAAGGACUCUUCCGCCAUCGAGGAGAUCGUCCACGAGUCCAAGGUUUAA